AAGAGCCUUCAAAAACGGAAUGUACGCGCGGUUUAUCGGAUUUAUCGUGCCGGAAAAGUUGAAUGUUGGAAACUAGUUGUUGAACCCUCAAAAAUCAAUAAUAUCAAUUGUUACUAUUUAGGAAAAAAAUUGUGCCUCGCUACCACAAUGGAACUUUCAAACGGUGAAGUAAUACAGUGGAAAGAGUUGUGGCAGCUAAUCUCUGGCAUUCACUACGAAACUCCGAAUGUUGUGGUGCAAGAUAAAUUACUGGAUGUUUCUAAAGAGCUAACCGAUGGCAUUUUACUGUACCGGAAGUGCAGCGCAGAUAAAGUAUCGGAAACGAAACUGCAGAAUAUGAUGAAGGAGCGCCACCAGCAGAAACUGUUUACGUUCGCCGUAAAGUUGUAUCAGUAUCUGGACAUUGAUGCUUUACAAGCUUGGAAUAUUUUAUGCUUUUAUCUGGUGAAUGAAUAUCGUGGGCCAGCGAACGCGCUGGCAGACUACAUUUCAUCUGAGAGCUCAAUGUUGACCUUAUUGAAUGAUAUUUGGGCGUAUUAUACGCUAGAACGCAUGAUAAUGUUGAAAAUUACUAAAAAUUUACUUGAGUUCUGCAACUCGAGUAACCACCCGUACUGCAAGGAGUACAAACAUGUUAUUGACAAGAUUGGUUUGGCAAAUUUGAGGAAAUCGUACAUUAAGCAGCUUGAAUAUCUUGUUAAUGAAGCGAUGCCACAUAAACUAAUCCCUGGUGAUAUGCUCAAUUCGCAAAGCAAGAUGGUAUCCUGGUCAGAGCGUAAGAUGAGGGAGAUAAACGAAAUUCUACAUAUACUUUUGCUGACCAUUAAUCACGGUGGGAUUGGCGUUGAUGAAUUUUGUCAGUUGUUCAAACUAUUUAAGCAUCAUUCUUUUGGACGCCAGCAACAGUAUCUGGAGAAUGCGAAUGAAAUACACAGUGAUAUGGUGAAACGAAUUACUUUCAGCGAAUUAGCUAUCGUGUAUCGUGUGUUAGAUGUCAGUGACCGAAACGAAGAUGAGACAUGGAUGACAGGACUGUCGAAGGCGCUCGAUGGCGAAUUUGUAACACUGCAUCAGUUUCCGGAACAUGGACCUCUUCUGCUAGUUUGGAUGCUGUUCAACUUUCGAUUGCAAACUUGCUUGGAAGACGACGAUAUUUCCAAUCGAUACCGCCAGUUCGGAUCGAGAGCAAUACAGCUCGGUGUGUUUCAGUAUUUACAUGCUCUUGUUACACAUCCUACAUUCCAGGAUCAUAGUUUGGUUUGCCGAAUUACUCGGAGAGCUAUAUUCAACCAUCUAGGCUUUCUGUGUCAGUUAUUCGACUCGGAUGGAUCGGUUUCAUACCACAACAAAAUAUUCGAGCUGCUAGCCGAAUUGCUGCACAGUCCAUCGAUUGCAACUGAGUUUUGUAAGAACGAGGAUAAUCCAAUACGUUCGCUGUUCGAUACCGCAUUGGAGAAUUUUCCCGUUGAUUUUAUCCCAUUAGCAACAAUCGCCCAUGCAUUGGCUUCCGCUGGCAUUACUCAGAACAAGUAUGUUCAUGGUCUGUUGGAAAAUUUGCCCGUAUAUAGUGAGAUAUAUAGUUCGGACCACUACGAACUGCGCCCGUCCUCGAGUAGCGAGGAUGAGUUUGUUCUGUUGCGUGAUUACAUACCGUUUCGUAAAAUUGGAUUUAAAAUUCCUCACGGAACGAGAACUGUCGUAAUCGAUAAACGGACACAGACACUGGCUCAUUUCCGAACUAGGUUUAACUUUUUCAAUGCCCUGCACCACGAAAUCAACGAGCUUCUAUCGGAUGUGCUUGCGUACACGCAGCUAAACGAUGAGCGGAUCAAACGAAUUACAGUUGGGAUUCGCUAUUUGGCCGUUGCUGUGAAACGCCUGCACCAGCCUCACGAAAUCAGCUCCGAGAUGGUGCAUCCAACCGAAAUGGUUUUCGACAUCCUGCUCAAAUUCAAAGUUAUGCAAAAUCCUCCAAUUGAGUUGCUUGCCGAGUGCCUGAAUGUUUGUGCCGCUCUAGUGCCACUGUUCGAACCAGAAAUCUAUGCUCGAGUGAUAAAUCUUAACGUUCUGCCAAGUGUGAAUAAUGUCAAUCUAGACUUCAACGAUUAUGCAACCGGUACGAGCUUCGAAUCUAGCUUGAUUGGAUAUUAUCUGGUGAAUUACGAAAAAAAUAUGGGCAAAUACCAAGUUUUGAUGGCCUAUUUGAAUUUCCUCAAAACCUACACGAAGCUAGGUAAAAAUAAUGUAUUCGGCGUAGAGUUGCCAGGGUUGAUAUUUUUACUACGGGAAGUAUUCCCGCACGCGCACACGUGGCGAUUUGAACAAGAAGCACAACGGCAAAAGAUCUAUGUUUUCAUUCUACAGUAUAUUUUUGAAAUCCUGCAGCUUAGCCCGGAAGCCUUGAAGAAUGAUUCCGCCAGACUGGUGUUGCGAAACGUUUGCGUUUAUAGUCUACUGGAUUUGGACAAUGGAAUGACACUGCUCAAGUUUGUCGCCGUUGGAAAUGGUUACUUGCAGUCGGUGAUGGAAAGUGAAACCAGUUGGAUGCUGGCACCGGAACAGAGCAUGAAUUUGAUUGUACAGCUUUCGAUGACAAUAUUGAUGCAAAUUCUACGCCUUAAGCACGCGGUGAUUGGAGAUGAUAAAUUGUUGUCUCCUCUAGAGUCCGCUAUUUACACGCAGCCAAAGCAACGAGAUACACUUCGAAUAAUUCCUGUAGUUACCGGAUAUAUGAACAAUGUUUUCAAUCGUAGAUUGCCUAUCCUCUCCUGUCGGUUGUUGAGACGCUUCUCGAUUGAGUUUAGAAUGUCGCUGCUAGCGUGUCUCGACAUGGAGCCAGACCAAAUACGAUUGAUUUUUCUGCAGCGUUUGAGGGACGAUCUAGAAAGUGACAAUUUGAAAAUUGCUGUUUUGGAAUUUGUAGAAGCAUGUAUUCACAAACAACCCGGUUUAACGGAAGCUUUCUUUAAAAUUCACUACGAAAACGUGGAAAAUCGUCUAUUUCUGGGCACAAAACCUGGCAAGAAGAAAACUAUCAGCGAUGGCAUUCCAACCUAUAUGGAAGAAUAUCUGGAGGCAAUUGCUAACGAUACGAAGAAACUUGCUAGUCCGUUACUCUCUCGUAUCAUGUCACUUUUUCAUGCGCUGUGGAAAAACAACAUGCAAAUUCUGUGCAAGGACUUGCUAGAAAAGAAAACCUUCUGGCAAUCACUCUGUAAUCCAUUGUUUGGUAAUAUUAGCGAACACAUCAAGGCAUACAGUCAGCUGUUCAAUAUACUUGGAAUUGAACUAUUCAAGAUGGACCAUUCCAGUCAAAAGGUUGAUGAUAAUCUGAAAAAAGUAUAUGAGAGAUUUUUCGAGUAUGAAAUCUUUUCACGGUGGGUGAAGUCCGUUUUUGACUUACCAAAAAUGAGCGGUAAAUUGAACGACGACAGCUCAACGUUUGCUGCUGCAAUCACUGACGAAACUCCUGAGUGGCUUAGCCGUUUGCAGUCUUUCAAGGAUUUUAUGGUCAUUUUGAUACGUAAGAAAGAUACCGGGAUUCACCUACCCGAUCGCAGUAAGCGAUAUCUGGCGAAUCAGUGCUUAGAUAUUUUAGUGGAGCGCUCUGACUAUGCUGACGAUUUUCGUCCAUUUGUAAUUCUUGUUGAGUUAUAUUUAAUAGUUUUGUCCGAUUACGAACAUAAAUACACGGACAACGCUGAACAAGAUAACGCGGUUUUAGACAAAAUACAGCAUCUGAUGAACGCUUUAGCUAUCAACUACAAAGAAAUGCACGCUAGAGCAAAGGAAUCAAUCCUAGCGAUUGGAAUACGGAUCAUUGAGUUACAUGCUGAUCAGUUGAUUGAUAGUGAUGUGGAAAUGUCAAGCAUCACACGCUCGACCGUUGAUAUAGUCUGCUCGGAAAUUUACGACUUGGAAAUUGCUACAAAGGUAGAGCUGAAGCACGCUGAUCAAACGACGCAUGUAAAUACGAGAAAUCAAAUUGCGCUCUCAUUGUCACUGAACAUGCUGAAAAAGCUGAUCAUGGUAUUCGAAGAAAACGAAAGUCCUGCCGUGCGAUGGCAAUGUUGGUUUAUACGAAACAAGUUACUCCAGCGGCUUCUGAGUGUUAUCAAUAUAAUGCUACCGAUGUUUUCCAAGCGUAAAAUUACGGUCGAAAUUCUGGAACUACUGGUUGUCCUGGCUAAGAGUAGAUGCUCGGUAGAAUUGUUGCAUUGUGACAUUGGUGACUAUCUGUGGUUGAAGUUGUUACCACCGAAGGAUCUACUGCAGCGACCCUAUCUGACCGCUAGCGAGGCCGAUUGCAGAUGGAAAACCCAGGAUUGGUGGCCUAUUUAUACCAAAGGUAUAGAGUUGGUGCGGGUACUUCUAUCUCAGCACAAGCAUAGCUUCUUUCGCGAUGCCAUCUUCUUCGCUGGAAUCCACGAGGAGUAUCUUAUAGAUUCUCUGUUGCUAGCAAAGCAAUCAUUAGAAGAAAGUGCCAUACUUUUGAUCAAAGGAACGUUGGAACUUUUGGGCGAGUUGGUCAAUUAUGAAAAGGACUGGCGGCUUGAACAUGGUCAAAGUUUGAUCAACCUAAUGCGCUGUGUACAAGUGCUAAUGGAUCACGCGGUUUCGCUACUGUACCGGCCGAAAAUCUUAAAACGUUUGGCAGGUGGACCAGCAGUAGAGUUGUUUACCGAUCAGGAGCAGGACCCUAACGCAGUUGACACUUCAGACGAGCUUGUUACGGUUAUGAACAGUGUCAUUGAAGUGGUAAAUCUCUGCGCCAGAUGUUUGCUGAAAUUUAGCCCUUCGCUGCUAACUCUUCUAUGUGAGAUAAAUUUCUUCCCAGGACAUUAUUAUCCACUCAUAGAAAUUCAAUUCGGCGUUCCAAAAAUGAACUCGGAGAAUUUUUCCCAACUUAGCUUCGGAACGGUUCUGAGGGCAGUUUGUAUUUUCACUAAAGUGUUGAAUGUGCAACAUUAUUCGUUCCAAGAAACUCCGCUUAAUGAACUGCCCGAUCGCAAGCCUAGCGAUGUUGACAGCGUAGACACUGGAUCAUCCCUGUCCAAUUCUGCACUGAUGCGUUUGAAUAAAUCAGCUCUAGCAGCAGCAGAUGGCUCGACUCGACAAUCACGAACAACAUUUUCAAAGUCAUUAUCUAUGACUUCAGUGUCUAGUUUCACAUCAACCAACGCAAUUGCCCUCUCAAAUGAGCUGCUAACGCAUCUAGACUCGAAACUAUGCAUCAGCGGAUUAGAAUUUGUCCUGACUCUUCUUGCUUCCCAGAGUUUACUGGCAUUGAAAGAUAAAAAUCUAUCACAGCGCGAAAAACAACUAAUCAAGCGCGAACUUAGCACAGAGUUACUAAUUUUCCAUGACUUUGUCAAGAAACGUAUUCUCAAGGAUGCAAAAGAAAUCCUUGUCAGGAAAAAGUUCGGUUCAGUUCCAAUCUACAAUACCAGCCAAGAUGACAAUGACGACGAUGCACCCGGUAGCCAACGGGCCAACACGCCACAGCUGCAAGCGAAAAAACCUGAUCGCAACUUACAGUCGAUGCGAGUCAACGUUGUUCGAAAACAGCAUCUGCAACUAGCCGCAUCGACGUCUACUCCACUCGUCCCGGGUGCAGUAUCCCGGUCGGAUUUGAAUGUGAAACCACUCUCGUCCACACCCGUUCCGCGAGGAAUUCUGAAACCUUCACCGCCCACUUCGUCUAUCAAGCGAGUCAUGUUUGAUGACAACUCCUCCGGAGGUAUAAAAACAUUCGCCUACUCGAGCUCCGAAGAUGAGCCUAUCUUUUUCGAACCGGAGGAAUCAAAAUACACCGGUUUAUCGCACGUUCGAAUCGUCGAGGAGGAUUACCUGCAUUUUUUGUCAAAUUUACUUUUGAUUAUAUCGCAAAGUGAAAGUUAGAAAAAAAGGUUUCGUUUUUUUUGUUAAAUUAUACUUUACGAUUUAAUAAAAUUCCAACGGAUUGUGGAAA